AUGUCAGAGUCUUCCCUACAGAAAGAUCUGAAAUUUCUAUGGGACGCGGAAUUCCUCGGAGUGAGCGAUGUCACUGAAGAAGAGGACUCCUUAAAUAGGGAACUGAACGAUUUCUUCGAGAAUACCAUACGUCGUAAGGAAUAUGGUAGAUACGUUCUCUCGCUACCCUUCAAGGACAACAUAGCGUCCCUAGGAGAUAACGAGCAAUUACUCAGAUCUCGUCUGUACUUGUUCAUCAGGAAGUUGAAGAAAAGACCCCUGCAGUUGGCAGCGGUCGAUGCGGAGAUACAGACGUAUCUAGACAGAGGUUACGCAGAAGAGGCGACCCCGAGACGGGAGGGUCAGCAGGCCCACUACCUACCCCUGCAAGCAGUAUUCAAGUUCAAAAACGACAACUCGGAGAUAAUCAAAACACGAGUCGUCAAAGAUGCGGGCGCGCGAAUGAGAGACGAACCAUCUCUGAACGACUGUCUGCAUCAAGGGGAGAAUCUACUCCCUAACGUGAUCAAGAUCCUGUGUUCAUUCAGAAGCGGUCGCUACGCAAUCACGGCCGACAUUGAGAAGGCGUUCUUACAGUUCGAGAUUGCGGGGAGUAACAGACCCUUCCCGCGCUUCCUGUGGCCUCUAGGCAUACAGCGAUACCCCGCAGCACCGGUGAGGGAGUUCUGGACCAGAGUUCUCGACUUUGGCCUCAUCUGCUCUCCGUGGCUACACAUCAAGGGGGUUAGAUAUCAUCUGGGAAAAUGUAAACGUCAAUUCCCAGAACACGCCGCAUUCAUAGAGGAGGUGUCCGAGGAUCUAUAUAUAGAUGACGUUUCAUUUCAAGCAGACUCAUUGCCGGAUGCGGAGAGGAAGAUCGGUUUGCUUUUCAAGAUUUUCGGUCUUGCGAAGUUCCCGCUCAGGAAGUGGGCGACAAGCGACGCGAAAAUAGCAGAAAUGGUCCGGAAUAUGUCUCCACUGGAAAGCACGGAGAUCACGAACGAUAAAUCGGAUGCCAAAUUCCUGGGAGUUAAAUGGGUGCAAGGCAAGGAUGAGAUCGGAGUCAGCGUGGUCAAAGCCUUAACGGCACUCGGGGGGGAGAUACCGACGAGACGUUCUUUACUAAAGGGUCUCGCAACGGUUUUCGAUCCCCUGGGACUCCUGGCUCCAGUGACCGUUCGGGCGAAGGCGAUGUUUCAGAGGCUCUGGCGACUGAAGGUAGACUGGGACGACACGCUGCCGAGGGAGAUCAAUCUGGAAUACGAAAAGUUCGUCGAGUUGUUGCGAAAUAAUUCUCUCACGAGUGUGCCGAGAGGUAUUACGGGUCAGUUUGCGGCUGAUCGUUACGAGCUACACGCUUCUUCGGAUGCAAGCAUGGAAGCCUACGGGUGCGUGAUCUACCUGAGGACGAUCCACCAGAGAACAGCGGAAACGCGCUUCCUCAUGGCUAAAGCUCGAGUGGCUCCGAAUAAAUGCAAAUGGUCCAUCCAUCGAUUUGGGUACACUCCUGACGGCAAAAAUGGCAGAUCAGGUUUCGAAGUUCAUCAAGCUCAGGGUGGACAGAAAAUUCUCCUGGUGUGA